AUGGCAGCCAGCUCAGCUCAGACCACAGAUGCUGAAGUUCGGCUGGUAAACGGUAACUCACGAUGCUCUGGUAGAGUGGAGAUCUUCAUUGACAACCAGUGGGGAACAGUGUGUGAUGAUGGCUGGGAUUUAACCAACGCCCAGGUGGUCUGCAGACAGCUGGGAUGUGGCCCCGCCCAGUCUGCAACUAUUGGUGUCACCUUUGGACCAGGUACUGGACAGAUCUGGAUGGAUGAUGUUUCCUGCUCAGGCAGUGAGUCUGGGUUAACAGAUUGUUUCCAUCGAGGGUUCGGCACUCAUAACUGCAACCAUGGUCAAGAUGUUGGAGUCAUGUGUUCAGCUGUUGAAGCUUGGCUGGUAAACGGCAACUCACAUUGCUCUGGUAGAGUGGAGGUCCUCUAUAACAACCAAUGGGGAACAGUGUGUGAUGAUGACUGGUAUGUAUACGAUGCCAAUGUGGUCUGCAGACAGGUGGGAUGUGGCCCCGCCCAGUCUGCAACUAUUGGUGCCAGCUUUGGACCAGGUACCGGACAGAUCUGGAUGGAUGAUGUUUCCUGCUCAGGCAGUGAGUCUGGGUUAUCAGAAUGUCGUCAUCAAGGGUUCGGCACUCAUAACUGUGGCCAUGGUGAUGAUGCUGGAGUCAUCUGUUCAGAUGCUGAAGUUCGGCUGGUAAACGGUAACUCACGAUGCUCUGGUAGAGUGGAGAUCUUCAUUGACAACCAGUGGGGAACAGUGUGUGAUGAUGGCUGGGAUUUAACCAACGCCCAGGUGGUCUGCAGACAGCUGGGAUGUGGCCCCGCCCAGUCUGCAACUAGUGGUGCCAGCUUUGGACCAGGUCCCGGACAGAUCUGGAUGGAUGAUGUUUCAUGCACAGGCAGCGAGUCUGGGUUAUCAGAUUGUUUCCAUCGAGGGUUCGGCACUCAUAACUGCAACCAUGGUCAAGAUGUUGGAGUCAUGUGUUCAGAACUGUUCCAGACAACAGGCUCGGUCCGCUGCCUCAUCCAAUCAGCUUCCUGUCACCAUUGGACCAAUCAGCUGGUUUUGAAGUCGACCUGCCGGGAAUCAAACCUGCAAAACUUUUCCGAUUCUUCCUCCUGAUUUGAAUGUUCAAACCUUUAUUUCACUUAAUUCCAGCACGCUGAUUUGAAUCAUCAUGAACUGUGAAAAAGAAAAUGUCUGUUUGAUGAUAAAAAAAAAUAAAG